AUGACCACCCGUAGCAUGCACGGUAUUUCCAAACCUAAAAAGCCUUUCCAAACCAAUUACUUUCUGGGCAUCGCUGUCCAUCGACAUGCAGGUGGCCUCUUUCUCAGUCAGAGCACUUAUGCUAGUGAGAUUCUUGCUCGAGCCGGCAUGGCUUCGUGCAACCCUUCUGCUACUCCGGUUGACACCAAGCAGAAGCUCAGUUCUUCUUCUGGGAAUCCUUGUGAGGAUGCCACCUUGUAUCAGAGUCUUGCUGGUGCUCUCCAGUACCUCACAUUUACUCGUCCUGACAUUUCUUAUGCAGUUCAGCAGGUUUGCCUACAUAUGCAUGCUCCCCACACAGAGCACAUGCUUGCCCUCAAGCGUGUCUUACGCUAUGUUCGUGGCACCUUGACUUAUGGUCUACAUUUGUAUCCCUCCCCCAUCGCGAAACUUGUUUCGUACACUGAUGCUGACUGGGGGGGAUGUCCUGACACCAGACGCUCUACUUCUGGUUACUGUGUUUUCCUUGGCGACAACCUCAUUUCUUGGUCCUCCAAGCGGCAACCCACCCUCUCUCGCUCUAGUGCUGAAGCUGAAUACAGGGGUGUUGCUAAUGUUGUCUCCGAGUCAUGUUGGCUCCGCAAUUUACUUCUCGAACUUCACUUUCCUCUCUCUCAGGCAACAUUGGUCCAAUGUGACAAUUUUAGUGCCAUCUACCUAUCUGGAAAUCCAGUGCACCAUCAGCGUACCAACCAUAUAGAAAUGGAUAUCCACUUUGUUCGGGAAAAUGUCGCGCGUGGCCAGGCUCGCGUCAUUCAUGUUCCUACCCGCCAUCAGAUUGCGGACAUAUUUACGAAGGGCCUUCCUUGGGUCCUCUUUGAUGAUUUUCAUUCCAGUCUCAGCAUAAUAAGUAACAUGUCUUCCAUUGGGGCUCGUUCAGCUGAAAUAUAUGUCAUGCAGAAGAGGCAGAAAGAGAAGAUGAAAAUGAUGGAAGAAGAGAGAGUUAGAAGAGGGGACGUGUGUGCUGAAGAGAAAAAGGUGGCUACCUCAAGUGUUGGAAAGACCAACAAGGUGCACCCUGCUUGUGGAAAACAAGUACUCCCACUUGAUAGUUGA